AUAUGGGUGUGUGUAUCUGACACUUUCGAGGCCAAGUCAAUUUUAAGGUUGAUAUUAGAAUCUCUUAACUCAACAUUGGGUGGGAUACAAAGCCAAGAUGCAUUGCUUAAAAAGCUCAUAGAACAACUGGAAAAAGAGAGAUAUUUUCUUGUGCUCGAUGAUGUGUGGAACGAAGAUCGUGAAAAAUGGAGCAAUUUGAUGACUUGUUUGUCAAAACUUCAUAGUGCCCAGGGAAGCGUCGUUAUUGUCACAACGCGCAGUGCCAUUGUUGCAUCAAUCACGAAAAAAGUACUUCCAAUAUAUGUUUUGGGAAGUCUAUUUGUUGAUGAUUGUUGGGACAUAUUGAAGAAAAGAGCAUUUCCAGAUGGUAAUGCUCCUAUUGCAAAAGAUCUAGAAACAAUUGGAAAGGAGAUUGCCAGAAAGUGUGCUGGUAUACCGUUAACGGCAAAGGUUUUGGGAAGCAUGAUGCCUUCUAAAUAUAGUAUCGAUGAAUGGUUGGAAAUUCAAAAAAGUAAGACAUGGGAAUUACCAGAAGGAGAUGAAAGAAUUAUGUCGGUUUUGAAGUUGAGUUUUGAUAAUUUGAAAUCACCUUCUUUGAAACAAUGUUUUGCAUAUUGCUCAAAGUUCAAGAAAGAUUUUGACAUGGAACAAAAAUCAAACAACUCCCUAAGUCUAUUGGCAAGCUUUAUAACCUACAAACGUUAAGAAUGGAGGAUACAAGGCAUCUUGUAACGUAUCCCAAGGAAAUGGAAAAUUUGAUCAACUUGAGGCAUGUUUAUUUCAAUUAU